AUGAGCCCGAAAAUAUUUUAUUGUUGUUGCAGCCCCACCUUGGAAGCAAGGGCUGACAAUCAUGAGGCUGCCACCGCUAGGAGAGAGAAUAAAAAUGCUGAGAGGGAUCCUGAGAAAAAUCCCUUCCUGCAGAGAAAUCUUUCAAAACCCACAACAGACCUGGACACUUUAAUACAUUUAAUAUCGGGGAGUUUUGGGACAGGAGUGUUCGCUACACCGUCCGCAUUUGCCAACGCUGGACUGGUAACUGGACUUUUUGGCUCCCUUAUCAUUGGCUUCAUAUGCUCGCACUGUGUUCACAUACUGGUGAAAAGUGCACAUGAACUUUGUUGGAGACAUCAAAUUCCAAUUUUAGGAUUUGGUGAUAUAGCAGAAGUGACUUUUAGGGAAGGCCCAGAAAAAACUCGCAAGUUUGGUACUGUUGUAAAGGUUGUAAUACAAAUAAUGGUUAUGAUAAUUGCCAUCGGAGCAUCAGCGAUAUUCAUUGUAUUUGUCGCCGCUAACCUUUCGCAGGUGAUUAACUACUACACAGAGUCCGACAUCGACAUUAAAUUGUACGUGUUUAUUGUGGGCUUAGUGGCCACCCUGCUCUCUAUGAACAGAGAGCUACGCGUGCUGGUUCCAUUCACCCUCACCAGCGACUUAUUAGUGUUGGUUUGCAUCAUCAUUGUGCUCGUUUAUGUGUUUGACGACCUCCCAAGCAUUACCGAGAGACCAGCCUUUAUGCCAGCCAUUCGACUACCAAUUUUUUUCAGUAUUGUCGUCUACUCGCUUGAAGGAAUCAACGUGGUGAUGCCCUUGGAAAACAACAUGAAAACUCCCAAAAAUUUCCUGGGACGCUUCAAUGUUUUGGAGACUGGACUGACAGUUAUAGUCUGUCUCUUUACUUUCGUCGGAUUUUUUGGUUAUCUGAAAUAUGGAGAGAAGACCCUAGGCAGCAUAUCCCUUAAUCUACCUGAAGACGAAAUAUUGGCACAGUCGGUCAAAGUAAUGCUAGCGAUCGCAAUCCUUCUGAGUCAACCACUGCAGUUUUAUUGCGGCGUUGAAUUCUCCUGGGCUAAACUCUCGCCGAUAGUUGGCAAAAGGUGGCCAAGCCUCAGGGGCACUCGAGGAGAGUACAUUUACCGCCUCAUUCUGAUGCUUAUUACGACAAGCCUUGCAGUUGGAGUGCCUUUCUUGGACGCCUUGAUCGGCAUAGGAGGCUCAGUGUGUCUUUCAACCUUGGGUCUUUUGUUCCCAACAACGAUUGAAACAGUUGUUUACUGGAGAAACUGGGGCAAAUGGAACUGGAAACUGUGGAAGAAUAUUUUGAUUUUCCUGUUUGGUCUUCUAAUUUUUGUAACCGGCUUCGCCGGCAGUAUCGCGCUGCUUGUCAUUACCAUUCAAGAAAACGGUCAGCCUGAAGAGGGACUAUUAAUAAGUUGUAAGCAAUUUGUUGACCAGUAUUCUCUUUUUAAGUGAUCAGAACAUGAGAUUAUCACAUUGAAAUAAAGUGGAAAACUAUUUUUACUUCCGAUAACAAGAAUGGAAUGCGUUUUAUUAGAA